CCUCAGAGGCCUUUCUUCUUCUUUUAGAGGCAUUUCGGUGAAUGCUAAAUAAAGAUAAUGUAGUUCCCACACACACACGCUACCAUUAACUGGUUUCUUCAAGACUGUAAGUGAAAGGGCUGAUCAGUUUCCCUUUGCCUAUUUUUUAAAUUUCGCCCGUCUCCAAAAUGGCCGACGGAGGCAUUUCCGCGCCCCGCGACGUGGUGACGCAAUUUCGACCUCCCGACCAAUCAGCGGCGGCGGAGGGGACGCGGCGGAGAUUUGAACAUAACGGCGGUUAGUCUGUGAGGAGAAGGAGCCGCCGAAGGAAAGAAGGAAAGAAGGCGAAAUACGUCGAGAAGAAACAAGAUAAAGCUUCAGUGGAGACCCCAUUACCUCAUGAUAAUAAUUCUUCCAGGAGUAGAUUUCCGUUCUUUUUGAGGGGGAAAUUUCACUUUCUUCCUGCUGUCCUGCUUUCUUCAUAACUAGGAGACCUCUCUAAGAUGUGAAGGCCCUCUUUUCAUAAUAAAAAAAAAUCAAAUUGAAAGACUUUGCCAUUGGAACAAAAUGGAAGAGUCAAGUUUUGUUAAGGUACUUGCUACCUCACUGAUAGUUUGAGGGAUUUUGAUGUCUCCAUUCCCUUUGGGUAGAAGAGGAGAGAUGAAAGCCGUUUCCCUCAGCAUCAUCCCUGGAGGCACGCCUCUAAAAGACUUAGGGAAAUUUCGGGUGGACAGAACUUCUGGUUCACCUGUCAAAGAAGCUGUUUUUCCUUCAUCGGUUCUUCCUUGUGGAAAUAAUGGCUUGAGAAAAGAGGUUAAAAGGGGAAACACCCUCCAGUCAACUCUCAUCGCUGGUGCUCCUUUUGAUAAAUUAUUUCUUGACCUCAGUGAGAUAAAGCCAGUUACUGAAGAACCGGGGUCACCUUUGUGUGGCGUGAAGCAUGAAGCCAUGCCACCAACAGGGAGCACCUUCCUCAAAGGUAAAGCUUGCGAGCGGCUGCCUUUUAAGUCUCCAUCAAAAGUCUUCUCAGACAUGAAGACCAGGGCAGUUCUUAGAGCUAUACAGCAGGGCAAGCUUCCGGAAAGGAAUCUUCACAACACAAACAGCAUUGCAGACUACAUCAUCACCCCUGCAAGACGCCCAGGCCUUUUGGGAAGGCAAGGCGAGAAAUCAAAUGCCGAAGAAGAGAAGCCAAAGGAACCGCUGGCUGAGGAUCCACACGGAGAGGCCAAGGCGGAAAAAGUGCCCAGCCAUAUUGCAACAAAUGAAAAUGUAUGCGGCCCAGUUGCAGUGGAAUCGCCUCAUAAAUUCUUCUCCCGCAUAAAGCAGCAGCUGCAGCAGAAACUGGUUCGAAGAGAUGCUUCACUUGGCCAGAAUAAGCAACCUGACCCUCCUCCAGCUGCUGUGAAGCCCCCCUCUACCCAGCAGUUAAAUGAUCUCAAUGGAGGGUGUGUGAACCCCGCAGCCUCUCAAGUGGACACUUUCAUAGUGGAGCCAGUGGAGCCAGGAUCAGAGACUCUCAACCUGGCAGCUGAUGAGAUGGACACCAGCUUCUACCCUGAUGAGCCCGCCAGACUUUUAGAAGGAGUGGCCCCUGGAAAGCUCCCCCAAGAAGGAAGGGCAGUGCACCUGUCCAACGAGAUGUUUGGGCCAAGGGGACCCCAAGUAUUGGAACAUGGGCCACCGAUGCCAUCACAGCAGAUGUGUGAUAUUGUCUUUGCUACUCCAAGAGUCCACAUACCAAGAAAGCAAAAGACAGGAGGGGCUGUCUGCAAGCCUCUCUUGGAAAUUCCGUAUGCAGAUAAAGCCAGUGAUGGAAAGAAAGGGGGACAGCAAGUGGUCCAUAUUAGUGAGUGGCGAAUUAAGGUGAUCAACAACAACACUGCAGUGUGCCUGGAAGGAAAAAGGAGAGACAUGAACGAUGCUGAGUGGCACAGCAGUGCGAUUGUGGAAAGAAUUUCCUGCAAGCAAGUUAAAACGCUGACUGGAAACAUCUAUGUCUUGGAAGGGAGUGUGAAUUCAAGCGCCAUGAAGAAGGAAGGAAUGCCAUCUACAUUCAUCAAGAGGUUCAGUUUUGGAAUUCCAGAGAACUGGAAAAAGUUUGUUGAUGAACUCCUUCGCUACUUGAGGAAAGAGAAGAGAACCUUUCCUUUAAGCAGCAAUGGCAAGGACCAGGAUGAUCCUAUGGAAUCAGAGGCCUUGGAAGAACCGGGGCAUCUGCCCAAAGAUGUGAAGCAAAAGACGAAAGCGGAAAACAUCACGUACAGCGUAAUAGACCUGCACAGUAAUAAAACACCCGGCAAAGGGCAAAGGCUGCCCCUUCCCCAGAGCAGCCCCAACGUCAGCUUCACCCGCAGCGGCCGACGCGUGAAGCCCCCCCUGCAGUACUGGUGCGGGGAGCGGAUCCUGGUCGACCAAGAGCUCAAUGUCAUGGUGGCCAGAGGAGGUACCAACUAUUUGUCGACAGUGAGCAGCACGCAGUCCAGGGAAAGCUUCAAGUCCCCAAACAAAAACACAGCAGGUGAGAUGAAGGCGAGCAAAGAGGGAACUCCAAGCCAAGCCAAAGAAAGAACCAAUAAAAGAGCUGAAGAGGUCAUCAAAGAGCCUGAGCACAGAGAGCGGCAAACUCCACAGCGUUUUGUUUCCGAUUCUGAAGAAAGUGACUCCGGGAAGGUAAUUGCCGAGGUCCGCAAAAGGAAGGCCGUUGUCCCCUUGACACCUCUGAAUCCAAAGCUCCUGCGUGAAAAGAACCCCAGGUUCGUCAGGCAGCCCAGGUUGGAGCGGAACGUGCUGCGUCCAGACAGAGAGACCAAGGGCGGUGGCAGAACAAGCGGGGCACCCGAAAGCAAGCCCCCCACCUCCAAGCACCCGAAAGCAGUCCUCUGCCGGGACUCAAGUGCGGAGAGCCUCCCCAACAGCAGCCAAGACGAGUCUGACGAGGACGACAUCCUUUGCAUCAAGAGGAAAACCCAGCCUUUCAGGAGAGAAGCUUUGAGAUUGCAGCCUCCAGAAGCGGGUCCUGCAGCCCUUCAGAGCAGAAGGGCGAUAACGGUGGUGUGCUCUGGUCAGGAGGAGCCGCCUGGAGAGACCUCUUCUCCGGAUUCGCCGCAAAAGGGGUGGAACAUAAAGAACGGGUUGCGAAAGAGGGUCCAAAAUGACGCGGUAAAGAAUGGCCUGGGAUCGGAGUCGGAAGUGAGUGUCGGGGAGUGCCAGUCGAAAGGAGGGCGGAAAGGAGGGGCAGCCGGCAGAAGAGAAAGGUCCCCGGCUGCGGAGAGAAGAAAGGCUGGCAAAAGGCAAUGGCAGGUCAUCCAGGAUCCCCCCUCAGAGACCAACGAAGAGUGGAGUGAGAAGGAAGUGCGGAAACUGCACAGGGCCAUGGCUUCCCUUCCGAGGCACAAGAGCGGCUUCUGGCUGGAGGUGGCGGGGUGCGUGGGGUCGCGCACGGCGGAGGAGUGCCAGCAGAGGCACCAUGCGGAGCAGGAGGGCAAGGUGCAGGCCCCAAAGAGCACCGCCAGGCCUGGAAGAAGAAAGGAAGGCAGAGAAGAGAAGGAGGAGGAGGAGGGGGCCAAGCAGCCUGUGACGGUGGCAGCCAGAGUGGGGACCCUCAAGCGCAAGCAGCAGAUGCGGAUGUUCCUCGAACAGAUGCCCAAGGAGAACCAUGAUGACAUCUUCACCUCCUCCCCCUUACAGAAGAGGAACACCAAACUGCCAGAAUUCCUGACGGUCCCGGAGGAAGAUGUCUUCCAGCACAAGGAGGGCCACCCCAUCACGCCCGGCUCGGCCGUCUUCCCUCCGGUCAAGACCCCGCAGUGCAGACAUGUCUCCCCCGGGAUGCUGCUGCAGUCCCAGGACAGGAAAGACCGCGAGAAGCAUGUUUUCCAGCUGCAGAAGAACAUCAAGGGCAAGGAGCGCACCUGGCAGAACGUGAAGAAGAAACCGGCUGGGACCACCUUCACGACCCCCACUUCCCGGAAGCGCGUCUUUACCUUUCAAGCAGUGAACUUGGCGUCGGAUGGAACAAAGCGGCUGUUCCAAGCGGAGGAUGAAGAAAUGGACUCUUGCGACGAGGUCGAUUCGUAUUUUUCCACGUAAGAAGCGGCGGGUCCUUCUUUGUUCCUUCCAAGACCCUCCUCUGUUCCCUCCUUCUGGAAGCUGGCGUUCCUUCUUCGGCGUUCUUCGGAUGAAUUUGGAGUUCGGUUCCAUCUUUCACUUGGUUGGCAUUUGCUUUCCCGGUUCAGAGUUUCUUUGUGUCCCAGAAGGCCUUCCAGGCGAGGAGGCCUAAUCCUUCUCUCACUGGCCUGGGACUCUUCCCUGUGGCCCUGCCGCCUCUUGGAGCAGGGCUCAGCUCUUUUGAUGUUUUUUUCUUCAAGGGGGGAUAUAUUUUAUAAAGAAGCAAAAUAAUGUUGUUGUUUUUUAAAAGCUACUGUCCAAUAAACCGCCAAGUGCCGAGUUUAUUGCUUGCAAAGGAUCUUUACUGCAUAAAAGAAGAGAGAUUGUGUAUUUUUGUAUUAAAUCUUUUUUUCCUCAAUACCUUUUUAUAUGUUUUGAUGCAAGUUGUUGUGCUGGGUUGCAACAUAUGAUGGCAUCACACGCAUUGAAGGAAGGACAGCUUCAUGCAUGUUUCCUUUUCCUACUCUGAACAGCCAUAGAACUGGCACGUCUUUCUUUCUCUUGUCCUGGCUUCUUGUUACCAUAUUUAUUCUUGCAUUUCUCCCUCCCUGUGUCAAUGUAGAACACGCCUGGGCAAACUUCAACCCUGCAGGUGUUUUGGACUGCAACUCCCACCAUUCCUAACAGCCUCAGGCCCUUUCCUUUUCCCCCUCGGCCGCUUAAGCGGCCGAGGGGGAAAAGGAAGGGGCCUGAGGCUGUUAGGAAUGGUGGGAGUUGCAGUCCAAAACACCUGCAGGGUUGAAGCUUGCCCAUGGAGUUGAAGACCAAAACAACUGGGAGGAGGGCCCAAGUUUGUACAUGCUUACCAUGGGACCCUGGGGUGUGAGGACUCCAUGAACCAGAUGAGAUAGUUUAUGCAGUUGCUUUUCUGAACGAGACUUGAAUCCAGCGCUCCUAAUGCAGACCUCCCCUUGCCGCAGUCCAAUUUUGGCUCUUACUCUCUAUCUUGGAGUCUUUCCUUGGAGGCUUCUAAGCACAGGCUGGAUGGCCACCUGUUGGGGUUGCUCCGAUUGUGCUUUUCCUGCAUCGCUAGAUCAUCAUCAUCAUUUAAUUACUUAUUAAUCGCCCUCCAUCCAAGAUGCUCUAGGCGAUUUACAAGAUAAAAUAGUAAAGGAUAAAAAUACAUACAUACAAAUGAUGACCAAUGCAGUCUCGUCCAACUCUAUAAUUCGAUGAUUCUUACAAGAAGUCCCAACUGAGGCUUUGGUGACGCUCCAGAAGGACCACAAUGUCUGUCGUGCCUAUCAAAUCUGUCAUAGAAUCAUAGAAUUCUAGAGUUGGAAGAGACCGUGUGCGCCAUCCAGUCCAAAUCCAUUCGGCUAAGAAGCAGGAAAAUUGCAUUCAAAGCACCCCACACAGAUGACCAUCCAGCCUCUGCUUAAAGGCUUCCAAAGAAGGAGCCUCUGUCAGAACAAGCUUUUUCGGUGCCUCAACCCUGGACCUCUUGAGCUUUUGCUUUGGCCUCCAGAGCAAAUGGAAAUAGAAAACUGGAGGAUGUCUCCCUCUUACUCUUCCACAUUGAUGCUAAUCUUGGAGUGUUCAAUUAGUAUGGUUAUUGUUAUUGUUACUAUCUUUUAUCCCAACAUUCUCCUGAUAUAGAUUCUCUAGCCCUCUGAUCUUCCUGGGAGGAAGAGCACGUGGCUAAAGCAGCCUCCAGAAAGUAAGAGACCAGACAGGCCCACAUUUGCAGUUGAAAUCCCAAGCGAUCAAGCAGGAGAACUUGUGACUUUGGACACUGCAAUCCAGUUCUGGCUUCCGAAGGAGGCCUUGUGCCAACACUUUGGGACCAAGCUGGAUCUGGGUCUGACUUUAUUGCUAGGAGCAGCUGCAGCCACUUCUAAGUAUUUCUAAGCUUCGAGUCUUUUUGAAGAGCGAAAAGGAAUAUUGGUAAAUGCUGUUGUUGUUAUUUCUCCUUACAUUGGCCACUACUACAGCCACAAGAUGGCAGCAGAUUAUUUUUUUCCUGUGGCCCAUAAAUCAGCAGAACAAGCUCCACUUAAAAGCAAAUAAACGCAUCUGCAAAGCCUGACUAUUA